GUACUGGCCAGUGAGGACCGUCCCCUUAAUACCACCUGGUUUGGUUGCACACAAGCUGCAGUUUCAGUUUGUUUUAUUCACCAUUUUGAGUAGCUGAAGGUAAAAAAUAAGAAUAUUUGUGUUUGGUGAGCGAAACCUGGACGUCCUCUUAUUUUCACGCGCUAGCUCGGACGGUGGAGUCGCGCGGCAGCCUCGCGCCUCUCAGUGUUGUGCAGAGCGGGAAUCUUAUUUCUUUUACCCCCCCUCCCUGUUCUUUUUCUUCUCCCGUCUCUAACCUCCACAGUAUUCCUGCAAAAUGUCAAGACCAGUGAGGAACAGGAAAGUGGUGAACUAUUCACAAUUCAACGAGUCUGACGAUGCAGAUGAGGAGUAUGGCGGCGAUCGGCCUAAGAAGGUGCGCCCUGCCCCUCGUGAGCCGAAGCACAAGCGCUCGAAGAACUCACAGGAUGACAGUGAGGAUUCUGAUGAAAAGCUCUCCAAAUCCAAAAAUGAUUCAGCAGAUGACUUCGGCAGUGAGGAGGAAGACAACGACUUUGGAGAAGAGGAGGAGGAGGAGGAAGGAGGCAGUGACUACGAAGAAGAGAGAGGAAAAAAGGCAAAGAAAGCCAAAGUGGAGAAGACCAGUAAGAGGGGCCCAAAGAGAAAACGGGCUGCAGAUGACAGUGACGACGACAAGGAAGUGAGUCGGAAGCGUACAGUGAGGCAGGCUGCUUCCAAGGCCGUGUCAAAACAGAGAGAGAUCCUGCUGGGGGACGGAGGCAGUGAGGAUGAGGAGCACGAAGACCAGGAGGAGUCCUAUAUGGACCCUGACGAGUCUGGCAGCGACGAGGACUUCAUGGUGGAGGAUGACGAUGACAGCGACUAUGGCCGCUCCAAGAAGAAAGGAAAGAAGGUCAUCCGACGGGGGCGGCUGGAGAAAAAGGAGAAGAAGAGCCCCAAACCCCGACUAAAGGCUACAGUCACCCCUAGCCCCAUGAAGGGGAAGGGCAAGGGCCGCCCCAGCACCAAGACCGUGGAGAAAAGUUCACCCAAAGAGGAAGAGGAGGAGGAAGAACCAGAGAGCCCUCUGGAGGAGGAAGAGGAGGAGGCCGCCGAGAAGAAGGAGGAGACCUCCCCUGCCCCCAAGACAACGAAGGAGUCUGCAGGAGGAGACGAGGAAGAGGAGGAAGACGACGAGGAGGAGAACGGCUCAGAAGAGGAGGCGCCCUCUGGGGAAGACUAGAAGAUGGCACCUGUUCCUUCCCAUCCUCCACCUCUCUCUGUCUCUCUUUCAUAUGUUUUUCUUUUGUUGCUCUGCAUUUAGGGUUUGUUUGUUUUUUUAUUCUUCCCCUCCUGGUGGCCUGGCUCAACGAUUUG